CACCGGAAGCAGAAUUGUAAACAGUAAUAGUGGGCGGGGCUUUGAGCGUCUCAGUCAACGGUUUUCUUGCAGAUAUUUUUUUCACCCAACAAAGUCUCAUAAAACAAAAACAAACACAAAUAAAGAAGUAAAGAAGAUCGGCUCAGAUUCAUAUCCCGCUGUUUACAGACACCGCCGCGAGGAGGAGAAACAAUACCGACACAGCGCGUCGCUUUCAGAGUGAGUGGAGCUCCAUCCAGGUCCAGUAUGGAGCAGGCAGAGGAUCAGGGCAGCUCGGGGUCCUCCAGCAGCAGCGGUACCAGUUCCGGGGGAAACGCUCGGCCUGCACAGAUCUCUCAGAUGUCUCUGUAUGAACGACAAGCUGUACAGGCUCUGCAGGCUCUACAGCGACAGCCUAACGCAGCUCAGUAUUUCCAGCAGCUGAUGCUUCAACAGCAGAUUAACAGUGCUCAGCUUCACAACCUCGCUGCUGUGCAACAGGCCACGUUAGCUGCCAGUCGACAGUCCAGUUCUCCGAACACCAGCGUCUCUGCAGUGAGCACGGCGCAGUGCACCGUUAAUUUAAGCAGCACUUCUGGGGGCGGGACCAUGACCAACCCCCGCCCAGUCGGCCCUGCGACAUCUGUUACGUCAUCUGCUCUUAGCCAAUCAGUGCUGCUGGGUGGGAACUCGACCGGUCAGGGACAGAUGUACCUGAGAGUGAAUCGCUCACUCAGGGCUCCUCAGCUCAUCUUCAUGCCUGGAGGCACGACAACAGCUGCCAUGGCAACAGUUGCCCAGCAGCAGCCUCAGCAACAACAGCAACAGUCCCAGCAGCAGCAGCAACAGGAAGUCCCACCCACAUCUUCCAGUAACCAGUCAGAUACUGACCAGGUGCAGAAUCUUGCCCUGCGCUGUGUUUCUACCCCCAGAGUGACCGCCGUUAAGACUGAAUAUCCUGACAGGAAGGAUCCCAGUUCCUUCUCUCUCGGCCCACAGUCUCAGCAGCAGCAGCAGCAGUUUUCUCCGUCAGCACAGCAGAUGAACAGCAGUAAACUUCCCGCUCCUCCUUCUUCCACCUCUUCCUCUCUCUCCUCCUCUUCUUCUUCCUCCUCUCCAUCUCUCCCUCUCUCCCAGCUCCUGCUCUCUCCAUCCCGGCUCACACCCGCUGCCACGGUGACCCACAUCCUGGUCCCGAGCUCCAACGUCCCCACUUCCUCUCCGGGUUUCCCCAAACCCAACAUGGCGGCUCAGACGCUGGUGGUGCAGCCGCUUCAGCAGCAGCAGCAAAACGGAGGGGACAAAAUGGCAGGCCCCGUCCCCAUCCAACCCAAAACGGCCCAAAGUGGACGCCUGCCCUCUCAGAUGCCCCCUCGCCACCCUCCGCCCAUCCUCCCGGCUCCGCCCAUUUCCCAUCCCCCACACGUCCCUGUCCAGUUGCUCGGGUCCAGGCAGGGUGCGCUGGGAAACUCCCAGGCUGUAGCAGUGCCACAGGCCCGAACCUGCUUCUCCCAACAGGACAGCUCCGCCCACAACUCCAAUCACAGCUCCCCCUCUAAUGCAGUCCCCAUGGUAACGGCCAUGGAGACAGGCACUGCUGGUGCGGGUCUAAAACUAACCAAUCAGAAUGCAGAACCCAGUCAGAUUGGCUCUUCUGCUGCGAUUCAGACUGCAGAUGGAGAACACAGCAGCACUGUGGCGCCACCUGCUGGAGAAACGAUGUUCGAACAAACUGGAACCCCACAGAUGAAGCCUGCCAUCGGCUCCUUGAAGAGAAAAUCAGAAUCAGACAUGGCGGGUGAGAUGACCUCAGAAACCGCUGCCCAGAACUGUCAGUCAGUGCCUGACUCUGCCCCUCCACUCUCUCCUGCUCCCUCAUUGGACACAGCUCCAGAGAGAGCGUUCUCCACCCCACCGACACUGUCUCUGUCCCUUCCCCACCCUCGAGCUCCUCUCCCCCAGGCCGUGGUCAAACCGCAGGUCCUCACUCACCUUAUCGAAGGCUUCGUCAUUCAGGAAGGAGCCGAGCCAUUUCCUGUGACUGGACCAAUAAAAGAGCGGGCUGAGGGUGUUCCUGUGCCUCUCUCCAUGCAACCUGAAAACAGCGCCCCGUCUGUGCUGAAGUGUGAGUUCUGUGAGACUUUUGCUCCUGCCAGUCAGUUUCGCGGAACCAAACGCUUCUGCUCCAAAACCUGCGCCAAGAGGUAUAAUGUGAGCUGUAGUCAUCAUUUCCGCUCCAGUCGAGGCCGCAGCUCCGCCCCUGUGUAUGAUGAGGUAGCGAGACGCAGGGGUCCUCACAGGAGCAGCUCUGAGAUCGCCUGUGCUAAAAUCUCUGGCAGACACCUGUCUGUAAAGUGUCGCUCUGAGUCCAGUCGUUCGGAGGACGUCUCCAGCUGUGAAGGUGAAGAAGAAGAAGAAGAGGAAGAAGACUACCUCUCUCCAGGCUCCGCCUACUCCUGCUCUCGCCCCGCCCACUGCGGCGCUCAACUGGACGAGUCGGCACAAGGCGGCCUUCCGCUGGACGGAGACCAUUUCCUGUCUGCUAGCCCUGCCCACUGGAGUGUGGAGGAAGUGUGUCGCUUCAUUUCCUCUCUGCAAGGCUGUGAGGAUCUGGCGGGUCACUUCCUGUCUCAGGAGAUUGAUGGUCAGGCGCUGCUGUUGCUGAAGGAGGAGCAUCUGAUGAGCACCAUGAACAUUAAACUGGGCCCCGCCCUCAAGAUCUGCGCCUCCAUCAACAGCCUGAGGGACUGAGGGGGAGCAAGGAGGGCGUGUCAGUGGGGGCGUGGUUGGGAGGGGCUGUAAUGGAAGUAGAAUUAUUUUGUUUUUCAGUAUAGCAGAGGUGAAUAACACACGGGCGUGUCUGCCGGUCUGAGAGCUCCGCCCUGCUGCUGGACAUUUAUCACAGUAUACCAUUAUAUAUUCAUUCAACUCUUAUAGCUGAAUUAGGCUCCGCCUCCUUCUGCUGCAGGUGACGUGUUCAGGACUUCCUACAUGAUCACAUGAUCAUUUAUUCAUCCACAUUACUCACUCGUUUAUCAGCGUACCUGAGGAUCAUCGUCUAACGUCACCUCAGCUAGUGCACUCGGACUGAAGCACCCUCCGGAGUGUGCACCAGAGUGAGGGUCUCACACACACACACACACACACACACACACAGGGCAGUUAUGCUGGUGUGUAUUGUUAUAGCUUGCUGAAGGAGAGCUCUGCGUCACUAGUCAGUAUUAAUGCGUAGUGUGUUAAUUAUGAUGAAGGCAGACAGGAAGUCAUGUGACUCUCCAGUAGCCAAUCAUAGAGCGUAACACAGAAACCUUAUUUUUCUCUACAGUAGAUUAAUGUAGGAGGGUUUUUUUCAUUCGUACCCAAUAAACAUCACUUUCUUUUUCUACUUUUUUUUGUUUAGUAUUAGUAUCAUGACCUUUGAAAUCUCAGUACCUGUUAGAGGAAGUGCACCUGAGGUACUGCGCUCGUUUUCUAGUUUGUUUCUCCGCUGUACGAGUAAAUAAAGCGUUACAGUGAA